CAAGAGCUUUGCGACUGCUCUCAGCCUUCUCCUCCAACACUCAAAGCUCUUCUUUUCUCUUGGGGUUUGCUUUUUCAGAGUGUUCCCGAAAUGCCUACGAGGGCCGUAACUCUUUUUCGGCAGAAGCAAAGGAAACAGCAAAGCUCAAAACAUGUUGUUGAGCACUCAUACAGGUGUUCCAGCUGUCAAUCAGUGAUAAAGGAACAGGUCCAGGCCACUGAGGCUAUGGAAGAACAAGCCUACACGGUGCCAACCUUUAGGGAGAGGGCUCCUGAGGGCAUGGAGGAGUAUCAGAGAGUGGCGACUCAUUUUGAAAGAAACCUGGUUCAAAUCCAGCAAGAGCUGCACAGAAUGAAAGUGGAAACACAUGAGCAAGUGGAAAACAUUGAGAUUACUAAAGAGGUUAGGGCAAUGAUGCCAAUCUGGAAAGAGGUUCUUCCUGAGGUUCCCAGAGCACCAGACUUUUUGGUCAGUCUGAGAGCUCACACUGUAUGGGAGAAGACCCCGGUCAAGUUGUUCUGCACUGUGUCUGGCAAACCGGUCCCUAUUGUCAAAUGGUAUAGGAAUGAUGUUGCCGUUGAUCCUCUGAGUGUCCCUGGAAAAUACAAGAUUGAGAACAAAUAUGGGGUUCAUAGUUUGAUUAUUAGCAGGUGUACAGUGAAUGAUUCUGGAGUGUACAGUGCUGUGGCUACCAAUCCCUAUGGAAAAGCCAUCUCAAAGGCCGCUGUCUGUAUCAGGAGAGCACACGGGGGAGGAGAGCUCGCCUAUCUGCCUGGACUAGUUCCUCUGCUCAGCGGCCUUCAUCCCAGUAAACUUGACGUGACUCUGGUGAACAAGUUUGGAGUGACGUUCGGUAGAGAGGGAGAGUCUCUCAGUCUGAUGUGCACCAUGGUGGUGGUGCCUGACCUGCCAAACCUCCCACCAGAGGUCAUGUGGUACAGAGAUGAUACCUUGCUCACACCAUCCAGGUGGUUUGAGAUGUCUAUUGGUGGAGGGAUUGCCAAGCUCACAUUUUCCCAUCUGAACAAGGAUGAUGAGGGUCUGUAUACCAUUCGCAUUUGGACCAAGGAUGGAACCACUGAACAUAGCGCUUACCUAUUUGUUAAAGAUGCCCCUCCCGCAGUGACCGGGGCCCCUGGAGCUCCCAUGGAUGUCAUUGUCACUGAUGUCAAUGCUGACUAUGCCCUGGUCUCCUGGAAACCUCCAAACACCACCCAUGAGGCUGCUAUCACUGGAUACUUUGUGGACAGACGUAAGUCUGGAACUAAAGACUGGGUGCAGUGCAAUAACUCUCCCGUGAAUGUGUGUAAGCUCCCCGUCCAUGGCCUGAUCGAAGGUGAAUCCUAUCACUUCAGGGUGAGAGCUGUGAACAAAGCCGGCAUCAGUCUGGCCUCCAGGAUGUCCACUGGUGUGACCACUGGAGAAGUGGAGAGCGAUGUGCAAGUGGUUAAUAUCGAAGGGAAAUAUGACAUUGCGAUUCGACAGGAUGAACAACAAGGAGUGUAUGUUACAAUACCAAAUCCACCCAUCAAUGUGCAUGCUUCAGAAAUAAACAAAACAUACAUUGUUUUGAGCUGGACACCACCGAGCCCUCGUGGACGGGCACCAGUGUGGUACCUCGUUGAGAAGUGUGUAGGUGACAGUCACCUCUGGCAGACAGUCAACACUGCGGUCCAGCUACGCUCUCCCCGUUACCCUGUUUAUGAAAUGGAGGACGGGACAUUUUACCAUUUCCGUGUAAUCACUGUCAACAAGUAUGGCUCAAGUGAGCCGUCAGAGCCUACAGCUCCCAUCCAAAAAGUGGAUCCUGAUGGCAUUGUGCAGAACAUUGGUGUCCCUUCUGCCCCGGGACGGGUGAUCGCUUCCAGAAACACCAAAACUUCUGCUUUCGUGCAGUGGGAGCCCCCAAAACACCUCAACAACCUUGUGGGUUACUAUGUGGAUGCCUCUGUGGUCGGAUCCAAGGUCUGGUUCCCUUGUAACCACAGGCCAUACAAACACACAAGGUUUGUGGUCCAUGGUUUGGUCCCAGGUGAUACCUAUGUGUUCCGUGUUCAAGCCGUGAAUGCUUAUGGAUUGAGCGAGGAGUCGCAGGAAUCUGAUUCACUCUUCAUCGAUGCUGCACUUACUACUCCCUCUGCCCCAUACGGCAUUUGUCUGGUGAACUGUGAUGGAUCUUCCAUGACUCUGGCCUGGAAACGUCCCAAACACACAGGAGGAUCCAGGAUCACAUCUUAUUACCUGGACAAGCGUGAAGCAGGAUCAGUCCUCUGGAAUGAGGUCAGCUCCAGCCCAGCCACCCAAAGGAUCUACAAGGUGGAGAAUCUGACUAGUGGACUUUUCUAUGAGUUUAAAGUUCAGGCUGCUAAUUUGGCUGGAGUUGGAAUGCCAUCUGAUCCCAGCAAGCAUUUUGCCUGCGAGGCCUGGACAAUGCCUGAACCUGGUCCAGCAUAUGACCUCAGUUUUUGGGAGGUGCGUGAUACCUCUCUCCUGAUACAAUGGAAGGCUCCCGUGUACUCCGGUGAGAGUCACGUCACUGGAUACUAUGUGGACAUGGCAAAGAAGGGAUCAGCAGAUUUUGUCACAGUGAAUGCUGAGCCAGUUGGACACUGUUACCUGAGGGUUACUGGACUAGAGACUGGAGAAACCUAUGUGUUUAAAGUGCGGGCUAUAAAUGCUAAAGGUGUUGGAAAAGCUUCAGAAUUGUCAGAUCCUAUAUGUGCAAAAGCAUUGCCAGGUACAAAGGAAAUCGUAUGUGGUGUAGAUGAAGAGACCGGAGACAUUUUCUUGAAUUUUGAAGCUUGUGAGGCUUCUGAGAACUCCAAGUUCACCUGGUCAAAGUCCUACAAAGAAAUCGCUGAAUCAACCAGAGUCUCUAUCACAUCUUCUGGAAGACACUCAAAGCUUACAUUUAUAAACGCUGAGAAAGAAGAUCUGGGCACCUACUCUGUGGCGGUGUCUGAUACUGAUGGAGUUUCAUCCAGUUACACACUCAAUGAAGAUGAACUCAAUAAAAUGCGCGAGUUGAGCUACAACAUCAGACACCCCAUUGUUCCACUGAAGACGGAGCUGAACUAUGAGAUUUUGGAGAAGGGUGUUGUGCGUUUUUGGGUGCAGGCCAAGAAGUUGUCUUCUGCUGCAAGCUACAGGUUCAUCUUCAAUGAUAAGGCCAUCUCGAGCGCUGAGGGUUAUAAAACCAGCCAUGAUGUCUCUACUGGAAUCAUCCAGAUGACCAUUGAGCACUUCACCAGGGCCAAUGAAGGCACUUACACCGUUCAGAUCCAUGAUGGCAAGGCCAAGAGUCAGAGCUCACUGGUUCUUGUAGGAGAUGCAUUCAAAGUUGCUUUGAAGGAAGCUGAGUUCCAGAGAAGAGAGCACAUCCGAAAACAAGGUCCUCACUUCUCAGAGUACCUGACUUUCCAUGUGACGGAUGACUGCACAGUUAUGCUUGUUAGCAAGGUGGCCAAUGUGAAGAAAGAGACAACAUUUGCCUGGUUUAAAGAAGAGGAAGAAAUUACUCUUGAUGUUAAACCCAACCCUAUGUCUGGAUCUUGUGCCCUUCCUAUCCCUAUGUUCUCAAGGAAAGACCAGGGAACUUACAAAGCUGUGCUGGCUGAUAAUCGUGGAAAAGAUACUUCUGUCUAUGAAAUUUCUGGCAAAGUGUUUGAAGACAUCAUCAAUGCCAUUGCCAGUGUUGCUGGUUCCUCUGCAUCUGAUCUGGUUCUGCAGUGCACACCAGAGGGUAUCAGACUGCAAUGUUACAUGAAGUACUACACCGAAGAGAUGAAAACCAGCUGGUAUCAUAGAGGAAGUAAGAUCUCUUCCUCGGAGAAGAUGAGAAUUGGAGGAACGUCUGAAAUGGCGUGGAUGCAGAUCUGUGAUCCCUCAGAUAAGGAAAAGGGUCAAUACAGCAUUGAGAUCCAUGAUGGGAAAACAUCACACUCUCGUACAUUUGACCUUUCUGGACAAGCAUACACUGAGGCCUAUGCAGAGUUCCAAAGACUUAAGGCUGCUGCCUUUGCCGAGAAGAAUCGUGGCAGAGUGGUAGGUGGCCUGCCAGAUGUUGCCACUAUUAUGGAGAAGAAGAGCCUCAGUCUAACCUGUACAGUAUGGGGUGAUCCCAAUCCAGAGGUCACCUGGUUUAAGAACGAGCAGGAAGUUGUGUCCGACGACCGCUACAAGGUCAACUUUGAGGGCGGCAGAUUCGCCAGCCUCACCAUCAACUCCGUGACCAUGGAAGAUUCUGGAAAAUACAGCAUCAACGUACGGAACAAGUACGGAGGUGAAUUCGUGGAGAUCACGGUCAGCGUCUACAGACAAGGUGAUGAACCUCCUGAGCCUAAACUCGGACAGAUGUCCAAGCCCGCUGCUACCCCCAAGCCGGCUACGCCCGUUCCACAGCCCCCUAAGACCCCGACUCCUCAAACUAAAUCCCCAACUCCAGCUCCAGCUUCCAAAUCUCCCACCCCACCAAGAUCCAUGAGAUCCCCCACCCCACCGAGAUCCUUGAGAUCUCCCACCCCUACUAAGAAAUAAACUAUAGCUUAUAGCACCUGGAGAUAUGUGAGGCAUUGAUAGAGUUGAUGUAUUGUGUAACUUUAAGUUUGCUGUAGUGCAUUUUAAGUCAGUAUGGGUCAUCGGUACAAUUUAAAGAUUAUAGGUACUUGUAAUAAGUAGUUGGGCGACAAGUUAUUUAAGUGAAGAUCAAUUUUACUGUACACUCAAGACUUUGCCUCCAAUGUACCAGUUCAUCUCUGAAAAGGAGAAAAUAAAUUGGAAGUUUGUGUUUCAUGUGCUUUCUCAGCAAAAAGAAGUUGAAAAUUGUGGUUUGGCCAGUCAAGAUGGUCACAAACGCCACCACUAUCUAACAUGUUUUUGUUCUGUACUAAAUGCUGUCACUAAUAAAAAUCAGCAGUCUCCUAUCUGGAGUGAAUCUUGA